CCAGACGGAACAUCAGAAUGAGGCUUCCGGCCAAUCGUCUGGGACAAAGAUGAUAUGAAGGCAGUCUGAGUUUUGAACAUUUCUCGCCGGAGGCACGAUCGAAUUAGGUUAAUGUAUUUGGUUCGUGCUAUGUUUCACCAAAGGCGACCUAGUCGCAUCGAAACUUUCAAUUUCACAAGAUGAACACACAAGAUACACGAAGUCAACAGAUGUUCAAAAUUCGUCGAACUACUCUUGGAUUUGGUGUUGUUCAAAUCCUCUUAGGCGUCUCAUUAACUGCGUUGUCUUUCGCAGCUUUCGCCUUCACUUCUUCGGAUAGAAUACGUAACGCUUGUCCUUACUGGGCUGGAUUCGCGGUAAAAUCCUCUUGCCUUGCAUGACUUAAAAUCUGUGACCAUUGAUUGUAGCGGUGAGAUGUUGGCGUGAUUUCCAUUGACAAACUUGACGCUUCUGUGUUUCUUUAAUAGGUUUUUUGGAGCGGUGGUGUAGGUAUAAUUGCUUGGAAGCAUUCGUCUGUGAUGUCGGUGAGUCCAUUGAAUGUAUAUUUUCCACCCUCAAUUCUAAAAUGAAGCCUACGAGUAUAUUCUCUCUAUCGUUUGAAAGGCACUUCUUCAUACAUGUAGCUUUCGCGUCGGUGGUAUCCAGAGCUAAAUCUGUAGGACUGAAAAUAAUUUCCUGUGUGUCGGUUUAUUUAUACACACAACUAGACCUCCUUUACAAACUGUGCUAGAGUUGCAUUACUUUUUUCUUAUCAAGAUCACCCUAUUUUUUUACCGAACAAUAUUUUCCUUGGGUUUAGACAUUAGGUGAAAAAAUUUGGGCUAAUAAAAUGUCGACAAAAAAUGAAUGCUUGAACUCGUGAUGUUUGCCCAGACUACACGAAAGGGGGGAUGAAUGACAUCUCCUCUGCUAUUGAUUGAAUGUACUUUACUCAAGAAGCACAUCUGAAACUGAAAUAUGGGAUGUUCCUUCUCACUACACGGUAUUUCGUAAUCUACAAGUCGAAUUCAUUCUUAUGAAAUGAUCAGACAGUUAUUAGGCGUGUUGUCAGUAGUCUAGAGAUGUGAUAUAUCAAGUGACAAUUUUUAGUCCAACAAAAAUCCUCCAAAUUUUUAUUCGUUUCAAAGCUUUGGAGUUGCACAGUAUUUCAAUAUAUUCAAUCCCUGCUCUGUCAAUGAAUUUUGACGCAAAUUAUGGUACUAUGGUUUUUUGAGAACGUGAAAUGAAACCAAAAUAUAUCCUUCUUUGAACUGUUACUGUCUAUACAAUAUGCAAAAAUUCCUCAAACCAGACUGUAUACACACUGAACAUUAGCCUGGGUCGCAGCUGUAUUUUAAAUUAAGUCUUGUUGUGUUUUUCUUUUAUGUAAAUUUUAAUUAAAAAGGUUACUGUUUACCUUCCAAGAUCUGCCACUCAAAUAUCAUUUAAUACCCUCCCAAAUUUUGCAGAUCAUGAAUGCAGGGAAAUAGUGUUAUAAAUCCCUGUAUUGACAGACACUUGAUGUUGACACUGUUAGUUUUUAGGGGGUUCAAUGUGUUGUUUGAGAUGGCAUGUACGAAAAAUUAAAGGCUUCUAAAUCAGGGGUAGAUUAUUUAGUCAAAGAUGUAUCUCAUUUUACUACAGUUACUUUUGAGGUAGUUUAUGGAGAUCAAAAUCAGGACAAAGUUACAGCUUAAGAACUAACUCAGAGAUAAUGAGUAGUUGUUGUCCUAUACUAUAAUGCAGUAGCAGGAUCAGAGAUAAAUUCUUUCUUUUAGUCAUUUAUGUGUGGUGUUACUAAUUGUAAUUUCAUGACGACCAGCUACCAGAUUGCCUAUCAAAGUUCAGUAAGUUACAGCCAACAAUUAACUCUUACAAUACCUGGAGCCUAUUUUAUUUUCAUGAGAGGUCUGAGCAGUUUCUAUUUCUUUGGAAGGUUUGAUAUGUUAGUAGUCAACUGUAUAACUUCUUUAUCAAGAAAUUUAUUUUUUUAUUAAGGUGCGAAGGAAGUCAAACACUGUGGCUUCAGAAGUAUUCAAUAGUUUUAGUUUUGUUUUAGAUUUGACAUGCAAGUCAUGUUUUAUGUUGAUGUUGUUUGAAAGAAUAAUCUGUGUGAAGAUUCUCAAGUAAUUAGAGAGACAUUUGCAUAAAAAUGAUACUUUUAUAAGGGGUUGGAGAACUGAAUCUGAGAGAGACCCCUUGGAAGUGAGAAAGUUAUCAGUAGCUGAAGAUUGCAGUGUACAUGAAUAUAGUCCUGGUGGGCGAGGAAUAAAAGGCAUAAGUGAUAGAUAAUUUCUUAACAUAAGAGCACGCUCAGCAAACAAGAAUAUUGAAAUUAAGCCGGGUCUAAAUGACAACAAAUGAAACACAGAAAUAUUGGGCUUUAAUUUAUGCAGUGGUGUAAAAUUAUUGAAACAAACAUUGAUACAUAAUUGAUUAUUAAAACAAGAAUCAAAGGCUAAUGGGAAGAUGUUUUUGGGGUCUACCUACGGAAACUUAAAACAAAGGAAGUGUCUGAGCCAUAAUCCUUGAAAGUGUCUGCAGCUGCUUACGGAAAAGUAUAAAUAUGGAGUCUGUAUUGAUUUAAGUUGAGUUUUGUUGAGGUGGUCAUCACAAGAGAAGUAUGCUAACAAGAGUGUCUUAAAACAGCAUAUGCUAUAAACAGAAGUCUUAGAUGAAAUGUGUUAUCCAGUGGAGACUGGAUCACAUUCAGUUUUUUUUCCCUUUCAUUUAGCUUCUUUAAUGCAUUACUGAUAUGUUAUUUAACCUUAUUGUCAGACUGUCUUGUGGUUAAGCAAGUUAUUACUCGAUUUAAGACUGAGUCUGAUUAACAGAGUCCUACUUUAAAGAUGUGUAGCAAAUUGUCAAACAUCUAAUUAUAAUUUAAUUGUGCGCUUUGUAUAGAGUACUGACUCCAUUAUUACUCAAUCUUCUCAAGAAAUGGUAGCUUGUUUUAUCAUUUUUAAUGUCUACUCUUCCAAUAAAGUGCAAUAUGUGGCCAGUUGAAAACUAGCUUGACCUUGUUACGUAUUUUGAAUGGAUUAAUGUCUGAUCCCAAGUGAUGCACACGCAAAUGUUUUGUUGUUUGUUAGUCAAUAUCAAUAGUGGACAACUAAAGGUAUUAUAUACUCGUUAAUUUUUAAAUGCUUGAUUAUAAACUCUUAAAUCUCUCGCUCUAUGACAUACAGACUUCUGCGUGCAUCUGGUGAGUUAGAGAGAUAAACAGCAGACAAUGCCUUAAACUUAUGUAAAAUUGAUAACAAAUACCAGACACUUCACCCCAUGACCCUUAAGUGUUUUACAUACCUUUGAAUAAUCAUAUUGCUAUUGUUUUCUGGGUUUCUAUAUUGUGGCAAAACGUUUUCAGACAAGCUGAGACAGUUUGAGAACCAUGUGGUCUGUGCGCUGCUUGAGUUGUGAUGCUGACAGAUGAAAAUUGUUUGAUACAUGCACUAUGUUGAAUGAAAAAGUUUGUAUACUUAGCUUUAAAUCCAAUUCCUUAAUGGUUACAGGUGUUUAGAUGGUCUUUUUUCCAAGAAUUCAUGGUCUUAGUUUGUUCAGUGGAAUGGGAUGCACUAUUCUGUAAAGAAAGCGGUUGUCAAAAAAAGUGUUUUUUAAGUUCUCCUUCCAUGAAUUAUGAAUGAUUUGAAUAUUAGACUGCUGUGGAACAAUCUGGAAAAGCCUAUUCCAUAAAUUCAAUGAGACAAAUCAUUUGCUUGGUCACUUUAAGUUGUAAUACUUCUUAUUGAUGCAAAUUGCAAUUAAGAGACACAAUAUUCAUAGAAAGCAUGAUUUAGACACUUAAACUGAUGAUUGAUGGGCUGUUUUAAAACCAGAAACACAUUAAAGGUUGAUGACAUAUACUUGUGUUUUGCUGACAAGAACUUGCAAAAAAACAUAAACGUAACUUAAUCUUAGCCUAUACAAUUUAUGGUUGAGGAAAUAAAACUUUCAAAACUAUUUUCCUUAAAAUGAUGGGUAAUCAUCACCAAUUAGUCUAACCUAACUCUUCACAGCUAGACACUUCUUCAAUGCCUUUGAGUAAUUUAUUUUGAGGUCAGGUUUUUCUCGCAAGGUAUCACAAAAACAUUUUCAGGUGAAAGAUGAAACUGAUUUUCAACCGAGUUUCAAAUGGCUGAUAGAAAACUAGACAGGAUAUUGCAAGAAAGAAAUGCUUACCUUAAUUGGACAGAAGUGCCAUUGAAUGGCAUCUUCAUAACAAGCCCAUUCAAAUUCCUCCUGCUCCCUAUUUUUCUUAGCAAAUUGAGGCUUGCACUAUACCAUUGGUACCUUAUCACUUCAUUUAGGAAAAAUCCUAGUAUUUCAGCCCCUAUAGGCCACAAAUACAGGGCACAUUUUGUCUGCAACAAAGACAGUCCCAUGUCCAGCAUUCAACCACCUGCCCCUUGUCUUUGCUGUCACAGAUUUCAUCAAUGAACUCAGUGCAAAUCUUAGUGAAGCAGUUCAAAUGUUUUCUAUGCAGACAAUUGGUGGAAAGUUUUGAUAAAAUCGCUUCAAUUGACCCUACAAGCCAUUUUUUGGUGCUUAUGUUGUCAAAGAUGUGCUGUCUUUGACAACUUUUGCGCAUGUCUUGUUUGGUGUUUCUUGAGCCAGUGGUCUUUUCAUGCAUGAAUUAAGCUAUCAAUCACAUUUUUUUUAGUGGUUUCCUUUUGGAAAUUUUUUUGAGUUUGCAUACUAAUUAUAAAAUUAAUGAAUAAAAUUUAUUUUAACGUCUGGUUCAGUGCCAUUUUACAACAACAGUGGACUUUGCAAACAAGUAUUAUUAUAAUUGUUAUCAGCUAGGACAAAUGUUAUCACAAUUACACAAAUAUUCAAUUGUAUUUUUAGAGAGCUGUUGGUCUACACUUUUUUUUUAUGCCAAGUUUUAUGCAUGAUUUGCAAUACCAAGUGUGCUUGAUAAAACUAACCAUGAUGUCAUGAAAGUUAUUGGUAAUCUUAACUUCGACAGGUUUUUCAGGGAUGUUUUGUAUUAGGUUUUUUUUUAUAUUUUAAAUCUAUAUAUGUUUACCUGUAGCUAAAUCUAAAAAUGUUUUUUCGUACACUGGUAGAAUCAGAAAUAUUGAUUUAGCAUUGCAGUAUGCGAAGCUAUAUUAGCAGUGUUUAUGACCGAGCCAAUUUACAUAAAAUGAGGAAUAUUUUGUGAACUGCUUCCGGCAGUUGCCAUUUACAUGUCAUUGAGAAAGAACUGAUUUAAAAGUUAAAUACAGUCUUGAUGGGUUAGAGUUAUAAAUUUUUUAUGAUAUGUGUAUGGUAUCUAUUUUUAUUCUAAGCCCCAGUGUACAGGAACAAUUCAGGGUUCAUGAAUGGUUCUGUCCUAUAUUCUAAAGUACUGGCACUUAAUUAACCCCCUUUCUAAUUUGGCCUGCCAUGGCAUCUUGUUAGGCACAAUCACUGCAGUUAUCUAGAAACUGCGAAAAAUUAAGAGAAGACACUUUCUGUUGAAAUUUACUACAAUAGUGAAAUUUUCUGCAUCUGUUAAAAUUAAGGCUGCUUUUACAAUUUUCAAGUGAGUUCUUUUUACAAAUAAAUGGUGGUCUUCUUCAUCCUUUCUAAAUUAUUGGUUUAUUCCUUCUAAUUUUUUUGUGUCAUUAUACUUUAAAUGAGUGGUAUUUUGAUAAUAAAUGAUAUAUGAUAUUAUUACACUUUACAUUUCUCCAUCUUUUUGGAAAGUUUUGAACUGAACAUUGUUUUCCUUUAAAGGCACCUACAUGUGAAUUACAUUUUUCUAUCUUUUUGGAAAGUUUUGAACUGAACAGUGGUUUCCUCUAUGGGCAUGUUCUUUUCAAUCAAGUUAGGAAUGAUUUGUUCAAGAGUUUCCUAAUUUGGUGCUUUCGAACAGUUCACACUACAUUUAAUAUGUAGUUAUUGCAUAACGACUUGAAUUUCAUUUAACAAUGAAAUGGCCAAUUACUAGAAGGAAGUUUUCCUUUAACAUACAGGAUGAUGUAGACUACAUGUACAUUGUAUAGCAAAAUGUGUGGCAAAUCCUUUCAUGUUUUUUCUCAUAUUUACUCCCCGUAUGAGUAUGCACUGAAUAUUUUUUUUUUCUCCAGGCACAUAGUUUAUGAGAGCAUUUAUGGUCAAGUUUGUGCCAACUAAAUUGCUAGAGAUCUCAAAUUAUUUAUUAACUCAGUUGAUUGAGAUGUUAACCAUGAUGUGGUUUCACAACCAAAUCAACUCUGCAUACUUUACCAAUAUGCCAUGUAGAGCAGUGAGUUUACAUUGACACAGGUAGCCCAAGCUCUCACAAUAAGUCUUGUUAUGGGCAAAAUAUAAGAAUUUGAUUGGGACUUAACAGACCCAUUCUUAACUGGAAAUCCUAAAAAUCACCUUGCUCCAGUGGGUGUUCCUUUGCAUUCUGUGAGUUUCUAGAGUAGUUUAGCUUUGGUUUGUCUGCUUUACCCUCCAAAAGUUUUAAAGUUAAUAUAUGGACUUUUCAAAGGAACAUCAACAAACAAUGUGAUCUAAAGGAAAAAAAAGCAUCAAUGUUAAAAAUGUUAGCAAAUUUCUUUUGCUCUUGAGCACCUUGAAUUUACUGGUAGAUCAAAUUUAUCUCUUUCCUUUUAUAUCCUUUUUUUUUUUGUUUUGUUUUGUUUGUUUGUAACAUUAAAAAUGAUCAUUUGGAAAAAAAAAUUUUAAAACUGAACUAUGCUGAUAAAAAUGUCAAGCAGUUUUAUUAUGUUACACUUUUGAAUUCAUGAUUUUUUCCAUUGUAAAAUAUUUUUAUUUCAUUUUUCUAAACAUUAUUUUGUUGUUUCAGAUGAGUUUGUUCACAUUCUUCUCAGCGGUAUGUGUGGUUCUGCAGAUGAUUGGUACAAUUCUAACAGGAGAUGCAGGAGGCUUGCUCAGAUCACUUGUCAUGUGUGAAAAAGAAAUUUUAGGGCCUCGCUGCAAGUGCUGUGAAUCUGAAAUGGCCUGCUAUCAAGGUGUGGGAGUGGUGGAAUUUGAGGGGGUGCAGGACUGCAGUGUGAUAACAGGACUACUUACUGGGUUGUUAUAUGGACUUUGUGUUCUAACCAUCUUUGGAAGCUUACUGUGCUUCAUUGCAACUAUCUUGGGAUGUACUGCAGUAGCACGUCAAACAAGUCGACAUCAGGUGAGAGGAAUGAUUGUAUCAGUUGUUUUAAAAUUUAUUUCCCAAAGAUACAGUAAAGACUUAUGGGUAAGUGUUUCUCACAAGUAUCUUCGUAGAAUUUGUGGCAUGGCAGGUUGUCUUUAGAUGACAAAUUGACACGUUUUCUGAUUUAAGGGGGGCGGGGUAGACGUUCAAUAGAUGCAUGUACUAUGAUGUAAUCUCAGCAACACCCUUGUGGUCCCUUCAGUUUCUACUUUGUUUGUUAAGUGUUUAUGGUUCGUUCCCAACUAAUCAUCAGAAAUUCCUCAAAAUGCACAUGCAUGUAGUGAACGAUGGGCAUAAUUUAUGUUUUGAAAGUUUUCGUUCGUUUACCUCUGCUUAUGCAAUGUAAUUCUCAUCCUCCUCUUCCCCCCCCCCUUCCCCUACUCUGUUCUAUCCUACCCCUCCGUUUCCCAUCCUCUUCCUUUCCGUUUUCCUUUAUUCCAACUCCUGCAUGUGGUACAUUUAGAGAGUGUUUUGUUGAAAAAAUUGAGUUAGAACUAAUUUUCCCCCAUUCCUCAUCGUUUCCCAUUCCCGCCCCUCUUCAUUUUACAUUUACAUAGAUUACUCAUUCAGGGGGUGGUUUCUUUGCAAAACUCUCCUAUUUCGUAGUGUUUAGUUCUCUACUCUUUUUUCUCUGUUAGGGGCUUUGUGGUCGCCAUAGUUCAAGGAGGUCCCAUGCUAGUAGGAACCCAGACAGCUACACUUGGGCUCCUUGUUCGACAGACCUUACAAUGUUGCCGCCCUACGCGCCACCGGUAUAUCACUCCGUGGAUAAUUUUCAAGAAUAUGGUCUGUCGUCAUGCAUAGUCCCGCCUCCAGUGUUUGACCCUACUGACUUACCUCCACCUUACUCAUCACAGAACCCUUCCUUAGCCGAUUCUCAGAACUCUUUGACUUCUCCGGAGUCUUCAAACAAUCUACCACAAUCUUCUGAAACGGACGUACAUUUCCAGCCUAUGCACUCGAGGCAUCAGGCAUUAAAUUACGACGAGGAACUCAGGGCCCCGCCUUCAGCCACCCUUAGCAUCUCUAGGGAAGGUUGCAACCUCCAAGGUAGAGGUGUGCCUUGGAAUGGCCACCUCAAUGCUAUGUCGGACAGUAGUGACCUUCUCACAGCUAGCGCUUCAUCCGAUUUGUCAAGCAGCUGUAAUAGGUGCUCUUCUGAACAACAAACGAAUGUUAAUGACACUGAUAUAAACAAGACAAUUCUUAUUGGAGCCACGCCUUUGCUUAAUCAUCCUGCAAAGUCUAGAAUUCAAGCGGAGUUCUCAGAACUAGUUGAAGCUUCCUCAGGCUCAAGGAGGCGAACAUCGUCGCUACAGGAGACAUCAACCAAAGAUAGUGUUCACGCUCGUAAUGUACCGGCGGUUUCUACAUCUUCUGCCCGAGGGACUCCUAUCUUAUCCCUGCGCACCCGGAGUAGAUCUUUAGGUGAAAACGCUAUCUAUGUGAAUUCAUUUGAGGUCAUGGCUCGACCUCCGCCCAACAUGCGACUGCCAGUUGAUGAACAGCUCAAAACCUGUAAUACUGCUAAGCCCGUCACCACCAGAAACUCCCAUCGACUUACAAAAAAAGGAACUCCGCUCAAAGGUGAUCCUUCGAAAGAUCACAUCAGCAAUCGUAGCGAGCAGAGGAAGGACAAAGUAAAAAAAAGACGACGAAGGCAUUCGCAUGGCAUUUCGAGACACAAGGAAAGAUGGAAUGUUAACUGUGAAUCACUAAACUCGCAAGUGAAUCGUGGAAACGACGAUUCAGUUACACAAGGCAAAGAAACGGUAGUAUGAAGAUAUGUGUUAGUGGCUUAGGCCUUAAUUAGAAGGUAGGUUGGGUUUGGAGAUAACAGGAAAAAUGACAGGGGUGAUCUUGGCAGCUUAACGAGGGGAAAGUGUGUGGAUUGGAACCAGAUAUAAUAGACUUGUCCCCGGAAAAUUACCAUACGAAAUACAUUAAUGGUCAUUUAAUAUCCUUUUUCCCCGUUAAUAAAUAUACUUUGGUCCAUUAUCAUUCUAGCAAUAGCUCCCCUCCCUUUCCGCUCUCCUCCCCUCCCCCCUCCCCUCCCCUCCCCUCUCUUGAAACCGUGGCUGUUAGAGUAUUACAGGCUUAAAACCUCGGCAUUGAGACUUUUCAAUGGUGUGGGGCACUUUCCGUUGGGUUGUUGUUGAAGCAAAACCAGUGCCAAGAGUAAGUAGUCAGAGUAACGUGAAGGGUGUUACCUACCAGAGGCUUUGAAUUUAAAUGCGCUCCAAAACGCAAAUUAGAGGCAGUUUGAUACAGAUUUAUCACGGAUUUUCGAUGAUCACCCCAUCAUUUCCCUUCUGGGUUCUCCACUCCUGAACCUAAUCUUAACUGAUCUAGCAGUUCUUUACCGAAAAAUAAGCAAGAAAAAUGAGCAUCGAAUCACGCCAAGCAAAGAUGGUGUGGUUACUCCUAACGAGAUCGAGACAUGAAGGAACAUUUUGAAGUGUAAUGUGAAUUGGCUUCGGAGGUGUUCGUUCAAUGCAUUUCGCAGAGGACUAGCUUUCUCAAUCACUUUAGUGAUAAAUAAUAUAUAAGCAAAAGAAAAUAGAGGUUAACCAAGACACAGAAACAUUGAUGUACGACAUUUUUGUAAUAUAUUUUGCAUGUUAUGUAUUCUUUUUCCCAGUCUCCAGUGGAUACUGAAAAUCGAAUUGUCAGAGCUCUGAUUUUCUUAGGUUACUUAAUGUGAAGACUAAAAGGAUGCAGAACCAGGCAGAAAUCUUCUUAUGGUUUUUGCGUAUUUUCUGAAUCCAAUACUCCAGAAGGAGAACAACUAGCUUUUUUCAAUGUAACUUCUAUGAUCAAAUUCGCCAUACUCGCUUAUCGCGGCGAUAAAAUUUCUUCUAAGUUAGUUGGGAGAAUUUAGCGAUAUAUUACGAUGAUACCCCACAAGGUGAUUGAAACUUUAACAGUGUAUUGAUAAUUUGAGGAGGAUGUACAUUAUAAUCCGGGUGUCACAGGCUUAAGGGAAAGACAUAUCAUGCUAGGACAGUAUAUAGCAAUUUCCCAGGGAGUAAUCCUUUAAAUGGCUUGCACAGAAGGGCUCCGCCUUAAAAGAGUACCCUUCUCAGGCUCUAACUGCGCCAAAGAGUACGAAAAUUAUCAUUUAGGCAUUCAUAUGGGCUUUAGAUUUUCUUCAGAAAUAUCGUUCGUACGCGUCAUUUGAAGGGCUCUGAAAAAGUGCUGUUAAGCUUGCUUGUGAAAGAGGUAUGAUUAUGCUAAAGAAGUUAUAUUUUCAGAGGAAUCGGUUUAUAAAAAGAGGACGGUCCUUGCACCUCGGGGAGGGGGCCUCCCCAUGCAGAAAUUUAAUACCCUACUUUCCCAUUCCACUCCCCCCUCCCAGUGCUUUUUAUUUGCCGAGGGUUUAAGAAUGAGAGGCCAUUAGGUUAGUUUUUGUCCAGACUGGAGUUACAACAAUAUUCCUGAUACUUCUCAAGAAACAUUUUUUUAAAAUAAAAAAAGAGAGAAAGUAAAUCUCUAGUUUUUGUUAUAAAAAUGUUGACAUUGAAGUGAAAGUACGUACUUAUGUCUAUGCAGAUGUGUAGUUCAGAUUUAAAAUAACAUGAUCGCAAUUUAAGUGCAUCUAAUGCCAUUUAUUUUAAUGAUCAGUGAUUCAUCUAUUUAUAGUGACUGUUAUUGAUAUAGUCUGGAAGGACUUUAAAAUGAUAACGAUAUGACUUUUGACUUUGUAUCAACUAAAUAAACUUAUUAUUCGGAGAGGC